AUGCCUCUCCCCUUGCGAACCCUAGGCCGAGAUGGCCCACAAGUCUCUACCAUUGGUCUCGGUUUUGGAAGCAUCGCCGGUUUCUACGGACCAGCUGGCACCCUCGACGAGAAAGUGGCUCAUCUCGACCACGCACAUGCCACCGGACUACGGUUCUGGGACAUGGCCGAUAUUUACGGUGACAGCGAGGAUGUCGCUGGGGAAUGGAUCAAGCGAUCGGGCAAGCGUGACGAUGUUUUCCUAGCUACCAAGUUUAGUCUUCAGCGAAAACCUGAUGGGAAAUUUUUCUUUCGAUCUGACCCUGAGUACGUCAAGGCUGCUUGUGAAAAGAGCAUCCAGAGACUCGGGGUCAACACUAUUGACCUUUACUACUGUCAUCGGGUGGAUGGUGUCACGCCUAUUGAGAAAACUAUAGAGGCUAUGGUGGAGCUGAAGAAUCAAGGGAAGAUUCGGUACCUAGGGCUUUCAGAGGUCUCAGUCGCAACGCUGCGUCGGGCGCACGCUAUCCAUCCUAUUACAGCCGUGCAGGUGGAAUAUAGCUUAUUCAGACUCGAUAUCGAAUCUUCGCUCUCGAAUCUUGUUAAAACCUGCCGUGAGCUGGGUGUGGCCAUCGUGGCGUUCAGCCCUAUUGGACGCGGCAUUUUGACAGGCCAAUUCCAAUCUCACGAGGAAAUCCCUACGGGAGACAUACGUCGCGCGUUACCCAAGUAUUCGGAGGAAAAUUUCCCCAAGAUUUUGGACCUGGUACAAGGCUUGAAAGGCGUGGCCAAUUCUCAUGGAAGUACUCUGGCACAGGUCGCUCUUGCAUGGCUGCUAGCGCAGGGACCGGAUAUUAUUCCCAUCCCUGGUACCAAGUCGACUGCUAGAAUGGACGAAAAUGCGGCGUCGGCGCUUCUUCAGUUGAGUGAUCGAGAAGUGCAAGAAAUCCGAACACUGGUGGAACGGUUGGAAAUCAAAGGGACUCAGUACCCUGCCGAGUAA